AUGACCCAGACCCUCAACCGGAGGGAGGACCCGCUCAAUCUGGGCGGUGGCGGCUGGGCGGCCUCCAUCCCCUCGCGCACCUGGUCGUCCUUCCAUCGACGGCGCGGGGGCGCUCCCAUGUACAAGGGCCGCUACCGCCACGGCGCCAAGGCCGAGCAUGAGGCCUGCAGGAAACAGGCCAAGCAAAAGCACUGCCCGGGCCCUUGGUGGCCACCACCGUGCCAGCCCUACUGGCCAGGGUACCCCAGCUGGGGACCCUGCGCAGGGCCCUGGCGCCCUCCUGCCAUGGCAUUCCAGAGUCCCCUGUGUCUGGCCGAAGUGAUCCGGGCCUACGGGCUGCAGCCACUCUGCCUGUGCUGCUGCCCCUGCUGGAGCGGCCACUGGAGCCCCGGCUGGGCCGCGCCCCCGGCCAGAAAGAAGCGCUGGGGCUUCCGGGGCCGCGGGCUGCGCCGCCAGCCUCGCCACUCGGUGCCCAGGAACCCGCCCAUCGACCUGAGCAAGCUGCUGCGGCCCGUCAAUCUGUACGGCUGGCGGGCUCCGGGCAUGAGGGCCCCGCGCAACACCACGCAGUUCAUCAUGAACCAGAUCUACGAGGACAUGCGCAAGCAGGAGAAGAUGGAGCGCCAGCAGGAGGCGCUGCGCGCGCAGCAGGUGCAGGCGGCCUACACCGCCGCCCCGGGCCACGGCGCGCCCCCUGGCGGCCUGGUGGAGGACUGGGAGUUGCAGGAAUCCCUGUACGGCUACAUCCAGGACCCGGCUCUGGCUCUGAGCCCCAUGCCCGUGGAGCCGGACCCGUCUCCCACCCCGCCGCGGGCGGAGCAAGAGGAGAAGCCGGGCGUUCAGCGGCUGCGAGACGAGGAGCUCUAUGAUGAGAAGCUGGAAGAGAGUGAGGAGGAGGAAGAGGAGGACAAAGAUGGAGAGACAGAGGACGAGGAUGUGGAUGAGGAGGAAGCGGGAGAGGCCCAGCAUGGGGAGGAGGGAGAAGAAGGCCAAGAAGCUGAGGCGGUGUUGGAAGAGGGGAUGGAGGAGGAAGAUCAGAUGGAGGAAGACAGUUUUUUGCCCCUGGGGAUGCCCUUAUCAAUCCUAGUAGGAGAGGAAGACGAUGGAGAAAAUUUUUUGAACUUUAAUUAUUUAAGCUCCGAACAGAUGAUUCCCAAAGUACCCGAGGAAGAUCAGUUUACGGUUCCGGACAUUGACCAGUAG